AUGCUGACACCACCAGCACAACUUCAGCCGCCCCCUGACCAGUCUGUAACCCCAUUCUCGCUUUCCAUCUCUUACGACGUUUUGCUGUUUACAAAGCCUGCACAGGCGGUGGGCAGCAGCCUGAGAGUGCCUUCUCAGAAGGGGCCUGGCUGGCCAGCGCGGAAUGUUCCUCCAAAGAGGCUUACGGUAUCUCAGUUUCUUCCCGCGAAAAUAACGUUAUUAACGCAGCUCAUUAUGAUCCGCCAGCCCCAGGGCCACAUUAGUAGGGUCCUUUCCGCUGCCGUGUUUUUCGCUUCUCUGCUCCAGACUAGGAAUGGUCGCAUUUCCACCCCAAGACUGCAUCGCCAACAGGUCUCCGAGUGGGACAGGACCGGCCAGAACUGGCCUGGCCAGGGCACGGCCUCGACGCAGCAUACUGUCAUUUAG